AUAUAACUCCCUUCCCUAUCCGCAACCCCCCAAGAACCAACCAGUGACAGAGGCCCUUAACUCAGCGACUCCCCAGCUCCGUUGAAGCCCUCGUUUGAUAUUUCUACACUUGCAGAAUAUCAUUCACAUCCCUGGAAGUAUCUACAGUGAUGUUGCUUUGAGUUGUGAACUGUUACUGCUACUCCCGUUAAAAGUUUUAGACCGGCCUUUGUUUUGGUGGUCAUGGACUGCGUUGGAAUCGGAGCUCGGAACUUUACGGCAAUGACGGUGUCGUUUUGCCCCACUGGGAGAAGAGGGUUUAUCCCAAGUACUAGAAAGGAAGCUUCUUUCUUUCGCUACGGUGCUUUGUGUAACAAGCAUUCUCUGCUCCAAGUGAGAGCCACUGCCGGAAGUGUGGCUGUCAAGGAAGGCUUUGCGGAUGAGGAAGAUUACGUGAAGGGCGGUGGGUCGGAGCUUCUUUUCGUCCAAAUGCAGCGGAACAAGGCCAUGGAGAAACAGUCUAAACUCGUCGAUAAGCUUCCGCCAAUAAGGGAUGAUGUACUGGAUUUGGUGGUGAUUGGUUGUGGUCCGGCGGGUCUUGCUCUGGCUGCCGAGUCGGCUAAGUUGGGAUUGAAAGUUGGGCUCAUUGGCCCUGACCUGCCUUUCACAAACAACUAUGGUGUUUGGGAAGAUGAAUUCAAAGACCUUGGACUAGAAGGGUGUAUUGAGCAUGUUUGGCAGGACACCAUUGUGUAUCUUGAUGACGAAAGCGAUCCCAUUUUGUUCGGUCGUGCUUACGGUCGUGUGUGCCGAAAUUUGCUCCAUGAGGAGCUUUUGAGAAGGUGUGUAGAGUCAGGUGUUUCAUACCUUAGUUCAAGGGUGGAGAGUAUUGUUGAAGGUAGCAAUGGCCAUAGCCUUAUAGCAUGUGAGCAUGGUAUCAAUGUCCCCUCUAGGCUUGCUACUGUUGCAUCAGGAGCUGCUUCAGGGAAGCUUUUGCAAUAUGAGGUGGGUGGUCCAAAGGUCUCUGUCCAAACAGCUUAUGGAGUGGAGGUUGAGGUGGAAAGUUAUCCAUAUGAUCCCAACCUGAUGGUUUUCAUGGAUUAUAGAGACUACACAAAACAAAAAGUUUCAUGUUUGGAAGCAGAAUAUCCCACAUUUCUUUAUGCCAUGGCCAUGUCCCCAACAAGAAUAUUCUUUGAGGAAACUUGCUUGGCUUCGAAAGAUGCCAUGCCUUUUGAUUUAUUGAAGAAAAAGCUCUUGUCAAGGUUAAAGACAUUGGGAAUUCGUAUUGUAAAAACUUAUGAAGAGGAAUGGUCUUGGAUUCCAGUUGGGGGGUCAUUACCGAAUACAGAGCAAAAGAAUUUGGCAUUUGGUGCUGCUGCUAGCAUGGUACAUCCAGCCACAGGGUACUCAGUAGUGAGAUCUUUGUCGGAGGCCCCAAAAUAUGCUUCUGUGAUUGCAAAGAUUUUGAAGCAGGAUCAUCCUAAGGCCAGUCUUAGCCGUCAAAUAAAUAAUCAGAAUAUCUCAAUGCAAGCCUGGAAUACCCUCUGGCCACCAGAAAGGAAACGCCAAAGAUCAUUCUUCCUGUUUGGACUAGCGCUCAUUCUGCAACUGGACAUUGAGGGCAUUAGGACAUUCUUCGACACCUUCUUCCGCUUACCUACUUGGAUGUGGCAGGGUUUUCUCGGGUCUUCUCUGUCCUCGGCUGAUCUCAUGCUCUUUGCCUUGUAUAUGUUUGUUAUAGCACCAAAUAGUUUGAGAAGUCGUCUUGUCAAACAUCUAUUAUCAGAUCCUACUGGAGCCACUAUGAUAAAAACCUAUCUCACAGCAAACUUGAAUUCCUUCCCUUAGAAGUUAGAACACAGUUUAGAUCAGUUAUUUAUUAAGAGCCCAGCCACGCACUUCUUAAAACUCCCUUUUGUUUUUCUAUGUAAAUACUAAAUACAUACGCAUUAUAGGUUAAUGGAACAAAUUUGAUAA